AUGCCUCCUCCAAAGAGACCGAAGAAUGGACCAACCCGAGCAGAGCAGUUCUUGGACAAGCCCACAGAUCCUCUUGAAGCCAUCAUUAGGAGGUCUCUGUUGAGUGAACCAGGGAAGAAACAAGAACGGGACAACAAAAGUCCCGGAAAAAACCCAGGUGGGUCUUCAGUCGGCCCAUUUUCAGUCCCACAUGGACAGCCAAUCAUGAUGACCCCUCAGAUGGGGAUACCCAGAAGCCAAGGCCACCAGGCAGGGACCAGACCCAUGGCACAGCAGCCUCGUCAUGCAGGGGACAGUGAUGGUGUCCACAACGAACACACCAGAAAUCAUCAGGAACCACAACAGCUUCUGGUGGGCAUGGUCUCCCCUGUCAUGAUGCAGAAUGGCUUCAUGUACCAUCCCUCAUCAGUCAACAUGGGGCCCCAUCCCAUGUCUCACUCUGAAGGUGGCUCCAGACACAAGGGGACUGGACAGUACUUCUCCCCUGUCAACUACGUACCAGGACCAAACGGAUGGGCCAUGGCCUAUCCAGACAUCCACAUCAUUCCCCCGCAAGGCCAGGCCCCCAGGAUGGCCACACCCACCAAGGCAGCACUGAAGCAGAGCCCCAUAUCUCCUGUCAUGUCUGUCCACGGGAUGAGGCAGAAUGGAAGAAUCCAGAACGGGAUGAUGCAGCAGCACCAUCACCCAGAUAUACUCACCCUGCACAAUGGGGGAAGACUACAAGUUGCUCAAGUUGGUGAUAUGUGUCCCGACCAGUUCUCCAAAGGCAGGGACUCUCCAGCCAGCAGUGGCAGCUCGAUAGAGAACAAUCAGCCUCAGGUGAAAGAACUGGACAACAAGGCCCGUGCAGUUUGCCGUGUCUGUGGGGACCACGCGUCCGGCUUCCACUAUGGAGUCUGGUCUUGUGAAGGUUGCAAGGCAUUCUUCAAAAGGAGCAUUCAGCAAGGUCAGACAGAUUACAUCUGUCCAGGCACCAACCAGUGCACCAUUGACAGGAAUAGACGAAAAAGCUGCCAGGCUUGUCGCUACAGGAAGUGCCUGAUGGUCGGCAUGACCAAAGAUGGUAGAAGAAACGGUGAAAGAAGAGGGCCCAAAAGAAAGCGGACACAUAACCAAAUUGACAUGGGGUCCACAGGAGCAGGUAGCUGUAAGUCCUCAGUGUCACCACUCCCGUCCUCAGCUAGUGCCUUCAACAAAUCCCGGUCAGCCUCGCCUACAGAAAAUAACAGUUUUGACAGCGAUGGUGACAGCUCGACGGGAAGGGAAUUCCAGCCAGCCUCUCGCCAGCGACUAAAAGCACUGAUCGAUGCCCUGGACUUCAAGGAAGUGGAGAAUAGAGAAGAGAAUCACCCAAUAGGUACAGGCCAACCGGCAGGCAGCUGGCAGGAAAUCUCCAACCCAGAACUGAUGGAAUCAGUCAGCAGCCUGGUGGACAGGGAACUGACUGGGAUCAUCUGCUGGGGGAAGAAAAUUCCAGGGUAUUCCAAGCUGUCAUUAAACGACCAGGUGCUACUUAUGGAGUCUACUUGGCUUGAUCUGCUGAUCCUGGACCUGGUAUGGUGCUCUGUCAGACAUAAGGGGGAGAAACUGCUGCUGUCUGGGGGAGUCCUUGUUAACAGAAACACCAUUUCCAACCGGAAAAAAACUUCUUCUGGUGACGAUAAGGAAGUCCUAGAGAUGUGUGACCAAAUCCUGUCCAUUGCCACCAAGUUCUUCGAGAUUGAUCUACAGAAGCGGGAAUACCUGUGUUUAAAGGCCAUCACCCUUGUCCAUGGCUCUCUGAAGGGGUUGGAAAGUGAUACCCAGGUGCGCCAGCUGCAGGAUGACCUGACAGAUGCCCUGAUGGACGUCUGCAGCGAACGCCAUGCCCUGGGCUCCCGACGUCCUGCGAAGAUGCUGCUGCUGCUAUCACACCUGCGACAGGUGAGUGCCAGGGCAUCGUCUCACCUUGGCGCAGUCAGAAAUGGUCUGAAGGUCCCGUUGUACGACAUUCUGCUGGACAUUCUCACAGACCAGGUGUCUGAGGGCAAGUGUGACCAGCAGGCUGGUCAUAAUGAUGUGGCCAGCAGCCCAGAGAAAGAGAGAUGAUCAUAGCAGAAUGAGAAGCACAAUGGUAAAUAUAUAUAUAUAUAUAACGUUAUAUAAUAUGAAUUUCAAAAGUAUAUAUCAUCUCUUAUAUUUUGUGUGCUUUGGUGUGUACAGUUAUUGUUUUGUAUUUGUGUUGUUAAUAAAGUACACACUCUUUUUGGAUAUUAUCUUAAUUGAGACACGUUGAUGUUAUCUGAAGAUGUUGUUCUUUUGAAGUUGAUUUUUCCCAGAGGUUGGAUGUAAAAAUAGAUAAAAAGUUACAGAAGUUCUGUGAUUGAUUUGUAGAACUGUUCAAGUCCUGGAUGUUGGCUUUGGUCAGAAAAACUAUGAACAGCUUAUGUAUCAAAUUGAAUGUCAAAGCAUGGCUGUAUUUGGAGAUGGUGUUGUGUUACUUAGCCUUGAUUACACAAGUGUUUUAUCUUUUGUCCUUCCACGCAUUGAACAAAGUGAACAUAAGCUUAUGCUUUUGUUGGUAGGCAGUGUUACUCUACAGUCUGUAUUGGGAUGUUUGCACUUGUAAAAAAGGAGGGCAGUCUUUUGGAGAGCAAAAAGGGGAAAACAGCAUGUCAUCUGUUGUCCAUGUGAGAUUUCUGUAUCACUAUCAGAUAUGUCAGUUGUCUAACAGUUUUACUCAGUCUUUCUUGAAAUGAAAUCACCAACAUCCCCAAGCAUGCCAGCUGAAAAGUAAGUGUUGGAAUAGUUUUUUUCCCAGGUAUUUCUGUGUUUGUGUUGUCAUUGGGUGAAUUUCAAUGUGCAAUAUCAGAUGCACAAAAGCUCUGUCAAGCAUCUCCCAAAGAAAAUAAAAAUUAACAAAGUGUUAACAUUAUAGAUCCCCAUACUGGUAUAUUCAUGUGGGGACUUGAAUAUAUAUAUAUAUAUAUAUAUGGUUACAGAAAACACUUAAGAUGUAUUGUUUAUUGUAUAUUUUUUGAGAAGAGUGAUGUAUAUUAUGUGCUGUUCUGUAAUGUACUAAAAACAGCAGGAGCACAAUAAAAGUUCUCUGUUCCGAGGA